GGCUUACUGCUGCGUACUGGCUUCUGAAUCAUUUGCUCCGGGAAGAGCGAGAGACGAGAAGUCUCCGGCUAAACUCCAGACUUGCCCCAACAAUCUUCUUGCGAAAGGCACCAACCAUGUCGGACUGCAGUCACGAAUCUGAUGACAAAGAGCCCAACAGCGGGGAGCUGGAUGAGGACGAAAUCCUGGCAACUCUGUCUCCUGAAGAAUUGAAGCAACUGCAAAACGAAAUGGAAGAUCUGGACCCUGACCCGCUUGUGCCCUUAGGGCAAAGGCAGAAAGACCACACGGAGAAGGCUCCCACUGGCUCCUUCGAUCACAGGUCCCUGAUUGACUACUUGUACUGGGAGAAGGAAUCGAGCCGACUGCUGGAGGAGGAAAGGAUCCCGGUCACUCUGCUGAGCAGCGAGCAAACUGUAGAAGGAAGAAGUGAAGAUCCACCAGCUGAUAAGGAGUGUGAGGAAGAAAAGUGCAAGAAUGAAAGAGACAGCGAUAAAGAAGAAGACAGUACUGAACAUUUGAAUGGAAAUGGUCAGUGGAUUAAGAAAGUGGAAGAUGAUAAGCAGGAGAACAAAGAGAUCAAAUACAAAUCAGAGAAAGAGAAGGAGACAGUAGAGAUGAUGAAGGCACAGCAAGUCAAAGAUCCACCAGUGACUGAACCUAAACCUCAAACUGAAGGGAAUGGCAGUAACCAGCUGGCGGAAUCAGGGAAGACCGGCCCAGCUCAGCCUAAUGAUCAGCAGAAGAUUGAAGACCCCAUUCCCUUGUGCAACAAGAGAGAGCCUGGUUCCUCUGCUGAAGAACAGGUUGAAUGCAACGACAGCAAAAAAGGCAACAAAGAAGAAAUUUCUACACCCCCUAAAGAAAGCCAAGAAAAUACUGAGGUGAAGCCAGGAAAAGGAAAAGCAGGAAAGAAGAUAGGAUUGGACAGUAGUUUCCUCAAACUGACUGCAAGGCCUUCGGGAAACCCAACGCUUGUAGAUGAGUCAUUGGCUGAUAUUCGCAAAAACAAACCUGACCUUAAAGAGGUCAACCUGAACAAUGUGGAAAACAUCCCGAAAGAUAUGCUGAAAAAUUUUGUGGAAGCUUUGAAGAAGAACAAACAUAUCACUUCAUUCAGCAUCGCAAACACAGGUGCUGAUGAUGAAAUCGCCUUUGACAUAGCCAACAUGCUAAGAGAGAACAAAAAAAUUGUGACCCUUAAUAUUGAGUCCAAUUUCAUCACAGGAAAAGGCAUUGUGGCUAUCAUGAGGUGCUUACAGUUCAAUGAGACUCUCACUGAGCUGAGGUUUCACAACCAGAGACAUAUGUUGGGUCACCAUGCUGAGAUGGAGAUUGCCAGACUUCUCAAAGCCAACACCACCCUUCUGAAGCUGGGUUAUCACUUCGAGCUGCCAGGGCCUAGAAUGGUCGUCACCAACUUACUAUGUCGCAAUCUGGAUCAACAGAGACAAAGGAGGUUGGAACAGCAAAGAAACCAGUUCAUGCAGGAACAAGAAGUGACAAUGAAUGCCUGUCAAAAAAUUAACCCAGGCCUGCUGGAGAUGUUGGGUGAAUAUGUGCCCAAUCACUCCACUUUCUGUGAAGAGCCUCCUCUCCCACCAAAAACCUGUUACAAUCGUCCAAAGAACAUUGUUCGAGUACAACUCAGAAAAAUUCCCAAAAAACAAAGUAAAAUUAAAGCUGGUACUACAGAUGGGAAUGACAAGCCAAACCUGAAGGCAAUGAUAAGUUCACUAAAGCCAGUUCCCAGGUCUCGACAAGCACCUUUAGUUGAAAAUACCCCUCGAGAUCGGUUGUUAAAUGAUAUUCGUCAGAGUAACGUGGCUUAUUUAAAACCUGUUCCACUUCCAAAGCUGUUGAGUUGAGCCAGUAUGCCAGCAGCUUGGCUAAAAUUUCAGAGCUGUGCAACAAUAGGGAUGGAGUGUCACAAUCAAACAUGGACAGUUUCCUGAGAUAGUAGGAGCUGCAGAUGCUGGAGAAUCUGAGAUAACAAGGUGUAGGGCUGGAUGAACACAGCAGGCCAAGCAGCAUCAGAAGAGCAGGAAGGCUGACGUUUCAGGCCCCGACCCUUCUUCAGAAAAUGGUAGGCAUCCUUAGAAGAGGCUUCGCAGUGGAGUUUAAAUUGUUUCAGAGAUAAUAGGAGGUGCAGAUGCUGGAGAAUCUGAGAUAACAAGGUGUAGAGCUGGAUGAACAGCAGGAAUAGACAAUCUUAGAAGAGGCUUCGCAGUGGAGUUAAAACUGUUUCAGAGAUAGUAGGAACUGCAGAUGCUGGAGAAUCUGAGAUAACAAGGUUUAGAGAUAGAUGAACACAGCAGGCAGAAAACAAGGUGAAGAGCUGGUUGAAUACAACAGGCAGAUAACACGGUGUAGAGCUGUCUGAAGAAGGGUCUUAAAAAGGGUCUAAAUCCAAAACAUCAGCAUUCCUGCUCCUCUGAUGCUGCUUGACCUGCUCUAUUCAUCCAGUUCUACACCUUGUUAUCUUGGACAGUUUCCUUCUGUUUGCAUUUCUGUGUGGGAACAAUUAAGAACAGUUUAAAGGUUUUGUUAUUAUACAAAUUAUCUGUAUUAAAAGCCUAUUGUCUGAGAAAAUUAUUUAUUCA